CCCGCUAAAGAAAAUAAAUUUCUUCCCCCCCAACUGCAUCUGUCCGAAGUGCUCACAAUCAUUAAGCAAUAAUCUAUCAGUGUCAGAUCAGCAUAACUCUCAUGCAGGUGAUUGAAGAUAUUCUGUUAAAAAACAAAGCCUGUCGCCAGGGCAAUGGAAAAAGAACGUUCACCGGAAGCAUUUGUGACAGGGAUGAAUCAAAUGAUCAGUGCGAAGAUGAGUGCAGAAACUGGGAGCAACAUCAUCUCACCAGUUGUGAAGAAUUCUACGAUCAACUCCAUGCCCAUUACAAUCAACGUGGAAAGUGUUUGCAGAGGCAGCCAGGAAGGAGAAUCAUAUGAUCAACUAAUAAACUGUCAUAAAAAGAUCCUGAAGGAAAAACUUGAAUACAUCACUGAUUACACAUCUACUGCAGGGGAGUGUGUCUGUCUCCUUCAGAGAUUUACGGACCUUUGGAUCACCGAUGGCAAAUGCAACGAGCUUCAUGUGGAGCAUGAGGUAACAGAGGCUGGAUCAUCCUCACCCAGGCAUGGCAGGGCAACUUUUAAAUCUAUGAAGCACAAGGACAUUUUUGGACCCAUGCACAAGCAACGGCAACCAAGAGUGGUCAUCACCCGUGGAAUCGCAGGCAUCGGGAAGACAAUUUAUGUGAAGAAGUUCCUCCUCGACUGGGCAAUGUCAAAAAUGCACCAGGAGUAUGAUUUUGUGUUUGUCUUUCCAUUCUGUGAGCUCAAUCUGAUAUCUGAGGAAAGCAUGAGCCUUGUGCAGUUGGUGCAACAGCAUUACCCACACAUGGGGCAAAUGGUUGAGACUUACCCAAAUGAUUCUGCCCGCUCCCUGUUUAUUUUUGACGGGCUGGAUGAAAGCCGAUUUUCUCUGGAGUUUGAAAAUACCCCUGUGUGUUCUGAUAUAUCGAAACCGGUGCCUCUCCGAUCCUUAUUGACAAACCUCAUCAAAGGCAACCUGCUCCAUACAGCAUCUAUUUGGAUAACAACACGCCCAUCAACAAUGCACCGAAUUCCAUCCUGCUAUGUGGACAGGGUGACAGAAAUACAGGGAUUCCAAGAUGAAGAAAAGGAAGAAUAUUUCAGGAGGAAAUGCCAGGACAGCCAACUGGCAGAGAAAAUCAUUGCACUAGUGAAGAAGCAAAGUAGCCUUUGGAUGAUGUGCUAUGUGCCUGCUUUCUGCUGGAUCCUUGCCACUGUUUUGGAACAUGUCCUUAAGACAUCAUGUGCUGAGGAAUUUAGAGGUAACACAAUAACUGAGGUUUAUACCAACUUUCUAGUUGUCAUGGUGACAUACCACCAUGAACACCGUGGCCACGGAAAGGAAAAAAUUGAGAAGAUCUUCCAGUUACUGCAGUCAGAUCAGGGGGCGAUACUCAACCUGGGCAAGCUCGCAUUCCAGUAUCUGAAAUCUCGCACCUUUGUCUUUUAUGAGGAGGAUUUUAAAUGCUUCAAUAUUGAUAUCUCAUCUAUCUGUGGUAUGUUCUGCAGAGAAUAUUACAUCAAGUACUCCGCGCUUUCCCACAGGCGUGUCUACUCCUUUGUCCAUUCCACAGUCCAAGAGUACUUUGCUGCUCUCUAUAUUUUUGCAACCUACCACAAUGAAAAACGGAACCUGAUGAUAUACAGCAUUCUUGGGCGGAUCUGGGAGGCUUUUUCAAAGCCCACCUUUUUUGAGAUUUGUAAAAGUGCUUGCAGCGAAGUGGUUCAGAGUCACACUGGCCACUUGGAUCUGUUUCUCCAAUUUCUCUGUGGCUUGGGAAGGAGAAGGAUUCAGAAGUGCCUGCAAGGCCUCCUAACCCACGUGGAGGAACAGAAAGAUGACCUACAGAAAACCAUAAGCUACAUGAAGAAGCUGCUACAGACAGACAUCCCUCCGGAAAGGUGCAUCAAUUUGUUCCACUGUCUAAAUGAGCUGAAUGACAAGUCGGUAGUGAGGGAGAUCAAUGAAUCCCUUCAUCAGGGAGUGUUGUCCUCUAAAAAACUAUCACUCGCUGAUUAUUCAGCAUUGGCCUUCGUUCUGAAAACAUCAGAUAUGGACAGAAAGGAAUUCCAUUUAUCCAAAUACAGGAUAUCACCAGAUGGUUUGAAAAGACUAUUACCAGUUGUUAAAUCCUUUGAAAAAAUAACGCUAACAGGUAGUAUCAUGGAUGAGGAAAUGAUUGAUUCUAUGAGUGCUCUCCUGCUCGCCAGUAAAAACCAAAUCAAGGAGUUAUGUUUGACAAAUAACACACUGGGAGAUACAGGUCUCAAAAAGCUGGCUGCUGCACUGAUGAGCUCGAGCUGCAGACUGGAGACACUGCUUCUGUGUACAAAUGAUCUCACAGAGCAGUGCGGCAAAGACCUCAUCUCCAUUUUAAGGACAAAUCGGAUUCUGAAAGAGUUAGACCUGAAAUACAACCAGUUGAAAGAUGCAGGAGUGAAGCAGCUUUCUGUUGCACUGCAGGACUCUGACUGUGAGAUCAAGUCCCUGGGGUUAUGGGGCAAUGACAUCACACACUGCUGCUGUGAGGAAUUGGCUCUAGCACUUAAAACCAACAAGUCAUUGAGAAGCCUGGAUCUCGGCUACAACAACAUUGGAGACUUGGGAAUAAAACUGCUGUAUGUAGCGAUUAAGGAUGAUGGUUGUAAAAUAGAGAAAUUAGGAUUACACCAGACUGGCUUAACAGGAGACUGCUGUGAGGAUCUCUCCUCCAUUCUCAGAACAAGCCAGACCCUGAUGGCCUUAGAGCUGGGAUACAACAACCUGGGAGAUGUAGGAGUACAGCAACUGUCUGCAGCACUGAAAGAUCCCAACUGUAAAUUACAAACUCUGGGGCUGUAUCGCAACAACCUGACAAGCGCCUGCUGCCCUGAUCUUGCGGACGCCCUCACUGCCAGUUCCACAUUAAUUGAGCUCAAACUGAGCAGCAACUACCUGCAAGAUUUAGGAGUGAAGCCACUUUUUGCAGCUCUGAAGAACCCACACUGUAGGAUACGGAAAAUAAAUUUAAAGGACACUGGUCUGACUGCUGCUUGUAGCGAGAAUAUUCUCUCUGCUCUGAGAGUGACACGUACGCUCAGAGAGCUGAACUUGUGCAGAAACAAGCUGGGGGGAUCAACAAUCAAAUUGAAGCGCCUCGCACAACAAUCCUACUGCAAACUCCAACUAUAGAGCACAAAACAGACAGGUUGGUGGGGGUAGCUGCUUAGAUCUCCCAGAAGACCGCAGGAUAGCUGAUCAGAACUCCCAGAAGAGUGUGAACAAGGCCAGACUGGGAGAACCAUGUGCUGUCAGCCUCAGAGGACACUACAAGGGGAAAAAGGCACUGUGUAGUAAAAGUUAAUGGAAUUCUGUAUGUUUUGAAAUCUAUAAGGAUAAUUGUUGAACAGAAAGGAGGAAGGUUAGCUCUGAUGACAGUUAAGUUAAGAUCUUGUGGAACUGUUUUAAAGU